AUGGAUAUCGAACAGAAACGUAGUGCUUUAAUUGCCUUGUUCCUAGCUGGGAAAUGUCAGGAAGACAUAGUUCGUGAGCUGUCCGCUUUACCUGUUUGCAGAAAUUUUGUACACCGUACAGUUAAAAGAUACCUGGAGACCGGAAGUACCAAAAGACGAUAUGGCGGGGGACGUCAAGCUACUGUGGUGACACCUGCCAUGGUGAAGAUCGUCAAGAAGCGCCUUAAAAGAAAUCCUCGACGUAGUGCCACUAAAUUGGCGAAGGAUCUCAAAAUAUCGGAUCGGAGUCUCCGUCGGAUCCUGAAAGAUAAAGUACAGUCCAAACCUUACAAGAUCCAAAAGGUUCAAGACCUUUCGAUGAAGCAAAAACAAGAACGGGUAAAAAGAGCGAAAGCGCUGCUGAAGAGGGCCGCGGAAGGAAGGUUGAAGAAUAUCGUGUUCACCGACGAGAAACUCUUCACCGUAGCGCAGUUCGUGAAUAAGCAGAACGACAGAGUUUGGUUGCCAGAAUGA